AUGAAAGCAGCAGCUAGAGAAAUCCAAGUUAUACUGAGAGGGAUCGUUAACAAAAGGUUAAGGGCAAGAGAAGCUGGAGAAGCACCAAGCGACGAUUUGCUUGGUAUACUUCUUGAAUCUAAUUUGGAGCAAGCUAAAGGAAAAGGAAUAAGCACUGAGGAGGUCAUUGAGGAGUGCAAGCUGUUCUAUUUAGCCGGGCAAGAGACAACUUCAGUACUUCUGGUCUGGACAAUGGUUGUGUUAAGCCAACACCAAGAGUGGCAAGCGCGCGCACGAGAAGAAGUGAAGCAAGUUUUUGGUGAUAAAGAACCUGAUGCAGAUGGCCUGAACCAACUCAAAGUUGUAAGUACAGUAGACCGAAUUAUAAACCUUCAGGUGACUUCUGUUGUGUUUUGA